AUGCCCAACGGAGACUUGAGUCAAAACCAUUGGACUAUUUAUUUACUUCUGAAUGGUUCAGGAUCAGUGCAGAUCAAUAUGAAGACAGACCCUCGUCCUAGUGUGGUCCAAGGAGUGUACGAAGUCACUCGACGCAGCUACAGAGUCUCGAACGGCUGUACGAUGCAAGAAAUAAGCUCCAAAGGUUGGCACCGAUAUAAUAUGACUGCAGGUGGAGUCGGUUGCAGGCACUGGGUUCUCGCUGUACUUCGAGGUCUUGCCGCCCGGGGAUGGGUGGAUGCAAAUGACAUUGAAACCCAGCUAGUGCCUGCACUUCAGUUCAAUUAUUCGAAGAACACCUCUCCUAUUCCUCUGAAAACGCUAGAAGGUUCCUUCUAUUGA